AUGCUCAGGUCUUCCCUGGGCUCUGUGUGCCUGGCAUGCCGUAUAUCGGGCAACGCCGGCGCGGGUCCCAGAGCUGCAGCCCAUAGACCACAGCUCUCUACCGCUAUACGAAGCUCUACAACACAACUAGAGUCUUUGCUAUCCUUCUCAACGAGUAAUGCGCGACACGCUACGCGCCGAGAGCGGACGCCGUCCCGCAUGGUCCUCUCCGACCGCGUUGGCCGCUCAACAGCUAGAGAUGGCGACAAGAAGCCCAGACGGCGGGUAGAUGGUCCAUUUGCCGGCAUGAAUCGCACUGUCGCCAACUUUGACCCCGAGACGAGAUCGAAACUUACAAGAGAUAGCAACAGAGGUAGCAAGAACGGCAGGGAAGGUGGCAAGAAACUGGGCCGCGACGGCAAGGGCUUCAAGGCACUCAACAUGCAGCGCAGCUUGGCCAGUAUUGGCUACGGGCACAGGACAACUGUCAAGGCAAAGAUGCAGGAGGUUGAUUCCUUUGACCAGUUUGAUUUGCUUCCGCAGGUCAAGGAUGCUGUACUCAACGAGGCUCUAAAGGGCAUGCUUGAUGUCAAACCGACUCCCGUGCAACGUUUGGCCAUACCUGCUCUUCUGGGCCAGACCACGGGCGCUCGCGCACGCUGGAGGACAAAACCAAAGUCUGCCGACUCUAGCAGCGACGCCGCUUCUCCUGAUGCUCCCCCUCCUCCUCGUGAGGAGUUUUUGCUCGCUGCCGAGACGGGCUCUGGAAAGACGCUGGCCUACCUCAUCCCGGCUUUCAACGCGCUUAAGGAAGCGGAGGCUAGUGACCCCGAUAUAAUCGCAUACAAUCAGCGACGUGCUGAGGAACGAGCAAUGCUGGCCAAGAACCCAGGAUCCAAGAUCAAGACUCGUCCGGAGCCCCAUCCCACCAUGUCCCGGCCCCGCGUUGUGAUUUUGGUGCCGACUGCUGAGCUCGUCGACCAGGUAGGCCGCGUCGCUAAAUCACUAUCGCACGUCGCAAAGGCGCGCACGCGUAUGAUCUCGGCCAACAUGUCAGCCGCCAUGAUAGAGAAUGACAUUUUCUCUCAGGCAGGCAUCGAUAUUCUCAUCUCGACGCCCCAUCUUCUUGCGUCGAUUGCAGAAUCCCACCCAAACAUCCUUUCCCGUGUCUCGCAUCUCGUGAUCGAUGAGGCCGAUUCGCUGCUUGACCGUAGCUUCAGCGAAGUCACGACGCCCAUCAUCGAUCGUGCCCUGCCAUCAGUCCGCCAGCUCGUGCUCUGUUCCGCGACGAUCCCCAGGCGCCUGGACAACUACCUGGCGUCUCGCUUCCCCAAAAUGCGGCGUAUCACCACACCCAACCUGCACGCCAUCCCCCGUCGUGUUCAGCUCGGUGUUAUCGACGUGGCUCGUGACCCGUACCGCGGCAACAAGAACAUUGCUUGUGCCGAUGCCAUCUGGUCUAUAGGCAAGGAAGCUGGACGUCACGAGGGUCCCGUCAAAGGCCAGGUCGAGGUCCGCCGCAUCAUGGUCUUUGUCAACGAGCGCGAGAAGACGCAAGAGGUGGCCGAAUAUCUCAAAUCAAAGGGCAUCGACGCCGUCGCACUCCACCGUGACACCUCAGAGGAGCGCCAGUCCGAGAUGCUUGCCUCCUUCACUUCGAACGAAAGCAUUACCAUUCCGACCCCUGAGGGCGGAGUUACCGGUAGCCCUAGGAGCAGCCGCACGCUACCCAACACCAAAGUCAUUGUGGCUACCGAUUUGGCGUCGAGAGGAAUCGACACGCUGGCGGUGCGCCACGUUGUUCUCUACGAUGUCCCGCACACUACAAUCGACUUUAUUCACCGCCUCGGCCGCGCCGGUCGUAUGGGUCGUCGUGGACGCGGUAUUGUGCUUGUUGGUAACGAUGAUCGCAAGGACAUUGUUGCAGAAGUGAAGGAGAGCAUGUUCAUGGGACAGGCUUUGGUGUAA